UUCAUCCCAGCAGUUAUAUACUACAUGAACCAUUCUAUGCAUGAAACACGAUUUGUUUUCUUAAUUCUAAUCCUGUUUGAUUAUUUUUAAUUUAAAUAUACCUCUGCAAAAAUAAAAUAAAACCUGAAGGCCAAAAGUGGAGUGUGCUGCAGGAGAUUUGGCAUUGACACAAAACUAGUUGAAAUUUUAGAACUUUGAAGAAUGUUGCAAGCAAAAGGUUUUUUUAAACCACAUGUACCAUACACUAUCAUCCACAAUCACAAUCAUCCAGUAAGAUCAUUAUGAGCAUUAAAAAGCAUGAGCAUUAAAAAGCAAAAGGGCUAAUAUAUGGCACACCUGUCUUAAUAGAUGUUAAUCGCCUGUCAUACAAGUGCCUCCAAUUUUACAUCAACAUUACUAAUAAAACAAACCCACUCCUAUUCUGCAGCGGAAAUGUAAGGUGAAUCAAUAUAGUCUAGAUACCCAGAGUCAUAUGGUAGGAAGAGAAGAAAGAAAAGUAAUUGAUGUGAUAUGUAAUGUAACCCAAAAAGAGAUAAAGAAAAAAAUUAGUGUAUUUGAAUAAUGUUACUACUAUUUUCCCCUAAAUAAAUCUGAACUUGUACAUAUCAUGUUGUGAAUGUCAAGUCCAGGAAAUAGAAAAGAAAACCAUUUCACUUUUAUUCAAUACAAUCAUCAAAAUAACAUUAUCUAAUCUCAACAAAAUCCAGAGAUAUUAAUAGAUUUCCUCUUCCAAGCUCUUUGACAGUGACAUUUCUGGCGAAAAUGUUGAAUUUAAAAAAUUAAUUUUUCAACAUUCCAUUAGUUUUGGCAGUUCCUCACUCACACACACUGUAUGUAUGUGUGUAAUGGAUAAAUAGAAUCUUUUGAUCACACUCAUGUUCCUUCUGAAGACACACCUCUCUCUCUCUCUCUCUCUCUCUCUCUCUCUCUCUCUCUCUCUCUCCAUUUCUCUGAUACACAAGCCUUUCUUCUUCUUCUUCUUCUGUAGCUACAUUCUUGCCCUUGUUUUGUUUGUCCAUCCUCUGUAGACUAAAGUAAGGGCACUACAAUGCUGCCACCAAGGAGAAAGAGAACAGUGAACCAAAGGCAUAGAAAGGAAGAAGAAACACCAAACAAUAAAGGGAAGAAGAAGAGGAAGCAGGUGAUUGCUGCUUCCUCCUCUGGCAAACAGUCAGAGUCUUGGGAGUGCCCUGGCUUUGCUGGAAAGCGUUUGAAUUCCAAUAAGAUCACUGGUCGUGCCCGUGCCACCUUGAGAUCCUCGAAGAAGCUUACAGAAACUGGAAAAACAUCUGUUUCAAAAUGUCCACAGCCUCCAAUAUCAAUUUGUUCUGCCAUCCAACAGCCUGAUGAUCCAGUUGACACUGCUAUUCAAGGAGUUCAAGUAGGUUCUGUUGUACAGGAUGCUCAUGAGGCUGAGGACAUUAUUGAAAAGGUGGUUCCUUUGGCAAAGGUUCCUGUUGUAGAGGAAGCAGCACAUGAGGCUGAAGACAUUCUUGAAAAGGUGGUUCCUUUGGAAAAGGUUCCUGUUGUAGAGGAAGCACAUGAGGCUGAAGGCAAUCUUGAGAAGGUUCCUUUGGCAAAGGACACUCAUCGGUCUCCAUCGCCAUCUUCCAGCGGCAACCUAAAUCUAACUGAAAUUGUUAAGAUGAGGGAUGAAUUUGAUGAAGAUGAUGAAGUUAAUUCUGUUGGACAGAGCUCACCUAUGGACACAGUUCUAGGAUACCAAGUGAAGCUCAGUUCCAUGCCAAUGUUAAGAAAAAUUCUCGACAAGCAUGGAGAUAUUGCUGAGAAUUGUUCGAUAUUGACAAUGAAAUACCGUUCAAAGUUGUUGGAGAUGAUAUGUGACAUUGUCUCAGAAUUGCAGGAAAAAGACUUUUGGAAAAUCAAAGAUAAUGACCUGAAAAACAUGUUUGCUAUUGUAGAUGAAGUUAAAAGCUUGAAGGUAGACAUUGAGUGGCUUCAGCUGAGACUGGUAGAGAUACGUGAGGCAAGACAUACUCUUAAACAGGUUAAAGAUAGCAAUAGAAGAACCAUUGAUGCUGCUGAAAGAGAACUGGGAGAAUUUGAAGCACAGAAGAAGGAAAUUGAAGCAAAGCUUCAUUCACUAUGUGGUCAAGAGACUAGUUACAAGGACACUCUGGCAAGAGCAAAGAACGAGUCUAUCAGGAUAAAUGCAACAAUCAAAGAUGCCAGAUCUAAAGUCACACAGUUUCAUAAUUGCUCAUUGGUGGAUGAUUUGCUUUAGUUUUGCUAUUUCAUCUCCCUUUCCCCCUUUUACAUAGUAGCAGUGGCGGAGCUUGAGCUGAAAUUUUGGAUGGGGAAAAUUUAGAAUGUGGUGGAGCUGGAAAGGUCUCAUUCCCAGUCGUCAAGUUGGAAAUUUUGGGGCUGUUAGGCAGUUGGAAAUCGGCGACAUGUAUCAAGAGUGUCGGGGCAGGGUAUCUGCAGUUGCUAUUCCAGCCUUUUCUUGCAUGGCAGAAUGCAUGUUUGUAUUAUUUAUUCAUGGAAGAUCUCUGUGCUUUUGUACUGUGUCUGGAAGAAAUUUUAAUAUUUAGCAUUCCGUACAAUCUAUAUAAUUAAGCUUCUGACAUCUUUUCCAUUUUUAAGGUUGGGAGUCUGAAUCCUAGUAAUGCCACAAAUGCUUCAUUUUGUUAAUUUCAUCAUGGUCUUAUAUUAUGAA